CUAGGGUCUUUGACUCAUUCUCCCCUCUUUGUGAAUUGUGAUAUUCAUUGUUGCAAUGGCUAUGAGAUCGGUGCUGAGUCGAGGACUUGUGACUCGUUCCAUGGACUCAACAACUCGGGGGGCUUUCACUCGCUUCUACAGCGAGAAAGGUCGUGUUCUCAGUGAGGAGGAACAGGCCAAAGAGAACGUCUACAUCCAGAAAUGGGAGAGGGAAAAAUUGGAGAAACAGAAGCAGGAUUCUGAUAAGGCUAGGGCGGAGAAGGCUAAGGAUACUGCUGAUAAGAAACCUGAAGGGGAGCACAAGGGCUGAGUUUGUCCUUCACGCUAGUCGUCAAGGUCACUUUGGGAAAUAAGCAUGGGGAAUAAAACACAUUGACUCUGAGUGAACUUUGGUCUUUGUAUAGAUUGUGUUUCUUGUUUGUUUGUAGUUUCUUCAAUGGUGGAUGUAACCAUGUUAUUGCGUCAAGCUAGUUUGGUACCUUUGUUAUGAUAUAAUCCUUUCCAGUAAUUUUUAACGUUUGUGGGCUGUGAGUGGGACCCAACAAGUGCCAUUCUAGUCAGUAUAUUUUGAGAAAUGAAAAAAUGGAAACGGACUGUCAGUUUCACUGUAGAUAGUAGAAUUCGGUUUAAGAUGAGUAGGUCAAC